CGGUGCAACCGGAUGUAGCUGAACGAGAGAUCCGGUUGCAGGGAGCUCGGAAGCUAACGUCGAGCAGAGAGUCAAAAUCGUAACAUUUUGAGAGUUUUCCACGCUGUACUUUGAUAACGCCAAAGAACAGAGAUGAUUAAAGCCAUAUUAAUUUUUAACAACCACGGGAAGCCGCGGCUGAUCAGAUUCUAUCAGUAUUUUGCGGAGGACAUGCAGCAGCAGAUCAUUCGGGAGACUUUUCAUUUGGUAUCUAAAAGAGAUGACAACGUCUGCAACUUCUUGGAGGGUGGAAGUCUCAUUGGUGGCUCUGACUACAAGCUGAUUUACCGACACUACGCCACUCUAUACUUUGUUUUUUGUGUCGACUCAUCGGAGAGCGAGCUCGGCAUAUUGGACCUGAUCCAGGUGUUUGUGGAAACGUUGGAUAAAUGCUUUGAAAAUGUCUGCGAACUAGACCUCAUAUUCCACAUGGAUAAGGUCCAUUACAUUUUGCAGGAGGUGGUGAUGGGAGGGAUGGUGCUGGAGACUAACAUGAAUGAGAUUGUAGCUCAGGUGGAGGUGCAGAACCGCAUGGAGAAGUCAGAGGGAGGUCUGUCAGCGGCUCCAGCUCGUGCUGUCUCUGCUGUGAAGAACAUGAACCUGCCCGAGAUUCCCCGCAACAUCAACAUUGGAGACAUCAAUAUCAAAGUGCCGAGCCUCUCCCCAUUCUGAACAGCUUUCCCGCUGAGCUCUGCAGGGCUGGUGCACUACCGAUAUUGUCCUUCUCCACCCAGCUCUCUGGUCAAAACUGAGAACACUGUUUUGUUUAUUUUUAAUAAAUGUACCAUAAAACCACAUAAGUUUACUUUCACCUUUAUUCCUGUAUGUAUGGGAGGUAAACUGUAAGUGAUAUUUGAUGUCUGUUGUAUCCGUGUUACAGAUUAUUUGAAGGAUUUGCACAAUGAUAUAAGGUUUGAUUAGAAAGCAUUACGCGUGCUGUUAUUAUAUAUGUGCUAUUGUUUGUGGGGAUUUUGGGGCCACCCGAUUUACCUUCCUUUUCUAAAGGAUAAAUAAAUGAUGUCUUAGCCAUGUGUAUUUUUCUACACAGCUCUCCCAAAUCUGUUUUCAAAGCAUUCCCUCCUUUCUGGAUUGGGUUUCUGGACUACAUUCAGUUCACUGAAAUAUGAUCUUAGGCUUCUGUUUCUGGCAAACUUAUUGGUUCUUGCCACUUAUCCAAUUUCUCUUGUUUUUAUUUUCCAUCUCCUUUAUAUAUUUUCCCCCUGAUGUCUUUGCGAUUUGUGACUAAUGGUGUCGUUCUCCAGGGUGCAGAACAUGCAAAUGAUGUUUGGUUAUGCCCAAAUUUUUAAUGUGCUACUGCAAGAUCUUGCCAAAAUCUGUUAGGAGAGACAGCAGAGUGCAAUGACUAUAACCAUUUUUGGAUCAUUGAAAUGUUUGUAUAAAGUAUAUUUGUGUCUCUUUGGCUGUAUUUAGUGGUCAGGUAUGUUCAAAUUAAGACUUUUAUCAUGAAAUCCUUUUUAGGAAGGAAAUGUGUCCUGGUGUCAAAGACCUUUCUUGCGAAGGUAAAUUAAAUGAAUGAAAAUCGAAA